AUGAAUCAAACCUUUAAAAACAAAACAAUGUCGUUGCCAGUAGACGAAAUUUUGCCUAUCUUAUCAAAGUCGAACAAGACCCGCACUGAUUUUGAACAGAUAAUUGAUAUCUGGCAUGAAUUUUUUACAAAAAAAGAAAAUACAUUAUUGGAAAAAGCUCAACAAUUAAACAACGAACAAAAUCAAUUAAAUUCUAAAACAGAGCAAUUUAUGAUUAUUCAAAAACUGCUUUAUGAUAUAGAAAAAUCAAAUAAUGUAUUUGCUACAGCGAUCAAUACACUUCGAAAAUAUAAUGAUGAGUUAGAAAAUGAUUCUGAUAAAUUAACUGAUGAAAGUAAAAAAUUUUUACCGAAUCAAAUGAAAACAGAUGUAGAUCGAACAGAUACUUAUGAAUUAAUGGAAAAUGUUGAUAAAGAAAUCGAGAAUGUCGGUGGUAUUUUGAAUAAUUUGAAUAAAACGUUAAAUAUAGAUGAAGAACGGUCAAUUGUUCAAGUAACAUCGGAUAUUCAAACAUGUUUUCAAGAUAUGAAUGAAAUUGGAGAUAAAAUGAAAUUGAUUAACCUAAAUUCAAAAUAA